CAAACUUCACGUUCGUUCGGUCGCCAGUUCGUUCGUUGGUUCGUUAUAACCUCACAACUUUGCCUUGCCUGGCACGGAUUUCAGCUUUGGAUUUGUUGCUGGUUCCAUUCCGUUGCGACGGAGAUGCAUCACAACAGGCGCCGCGAGGUGGAGAACUACACACAGCUGCGGGCCUCGCGAAAGGUGCGGCAACCGCAGACAGACAGACACACGAAUGCCAUGCCGCCGACAGGCGGACAGAUGCACUCUUCCCGUUGUCUUUGGCUUUCUCCCCUUGUGUGUCGUGUGUGUCAUGUUUGUCGUCGCAUCUGAUCUGAUUCAGGAGUUGGAGGAUGCUUCGCUGGCGUCGCUCCAGAGCAGCAUCCGCACCGCCGCCGAGACCACACAAACAGCUGAUGCCACCGCUUCCAGACUCAACGAACAAACAGGUGGGUCACUCACCCUGGGACUGUUGGUGCCCCGGCACACUUAUACACACACGUGACUGUCUGUCUGUCUGUCUGUGGUGCAUAUCGCAUCCCUCGUCUGUCCUGACGACCUGCGUGUGUCAGACCAGCUGCACCGUGUCCGCGACACGGCUGAUGACAUUUCGCACAACCUGGACACCUCCCAGCACAUCCUCAACGGCAUGAAGUCCUGGUGGGGGUCAAUGACCAACGCCUUCAAGAAACCACCACAGCGCACGGACUCUCACAGCAACAAAGACCCCAACGCCGCCAAGAAGGACACCACCGCCACCAGCGGCGGCAGCAGGGACAAAGGGGGAGCAAAGACCGCUUCCCCGAACCCUGCAGCAGCAGCACAGGUGAACGCCUGAAGGAAUCGCGAGAUUGUGUCGGGUGGAGAUUUUUUGGCUCUGUUUGUUGUCCUGGUGUGUGUGUGUGUGUGUGUGUGCAGGGAGGUCGGCUGUCUGGCGGUGAUGCAUCGGGUGUGGGUGGUGGUGGUGGUGGUGGUGGCUCGGGUCCGCCCAAGUCGGCGUUCGACCAGCAGCUUGACCAGGGGCUCGGGCAGCUGGAAACACUGGUAGGCAGAGAUGGAACGAACGACAAGACAGCACGACGCGAAUAAUGGCUUGACGUCCCUGUGCUUCUGUUGCAGCUGGAGGGGCUUCAUGACCGGUCCAAAGAGAUCAAUCGCACGCUGAACAACCAGAACCAAAUGGUCAGGCAAACUCCCAAGAGACAGACCUACCCCUCCGAGCGAGAAUCUGUUCUGUGUGCGUCUGUCUGUCUGUCUGUCUGUGGUCAGAUUGGUGACAUUCACGACCGCGUCGACCGCAACAACGCCAAGAUGGACAAACAGCGCAAGGAGAUCAAGCAGAUACUCAAGCGAUAGAUGACGCCACUGACGCACACCCUACUGGGGCAUAUAUAUACUGGGGCGUUUACACCCUCUGUGUAAGGGCCACUUGACACUUCUUUUUCUU